CACAAAACGAUCCUAUCCGUUGGUCGUCGCACUCGGCAUCCCGUACUGUAAAACAAAAACCCUUAUCCUCCUCGACGAGCCGCCGCCGUCGCCGCCAUCUCGCGUUUUAGGGCGGAGAGAAAGAAAAGAAAGAAAGAAAGAAAGAAGGGCGUCCUGAGCCCCGUCUCUCCUCCGAGGCCCUGCCACAUCGCCGCCGCCAUGUCUCAGGUGGAUAACCGGAAUUAUUCUGCUGGCAAGCGUGCUCGAACUGAUGGUGGUCGGCGAGAAGACGACUGGACAUGUCCUAGCUGUGGCAAUGUCAAUUUCUCAUUCAGGACAACAUGCAACAUGCGGAACUGUACGCAGUCAAGGCCUGCAGAUCAUAACACGAAGUCCAUGCCAAAGCCUUUACAGGCUCCUCUGCCUUACACAUCAUCAACUGGCUAUCUGGGUUCAGCUACUCCAUCUUCAAUGUACCUUGGUGCUCCUCCGUAUGGGUCUUCCCUUUUUAAUGGGCCACAAUUGCCUCCCUAUGAUCUACCUUUCUCUGGAGGUUCUGCUUAUCAUUAUGAGUACGGCAACCGCCUUUCUCUUGGCAGCCCUUAUGGGCCAUUGCAUAUGUCUGCACCCCCUCCUUAUGCCAGUGGAUCUAUGAUGGGAACAGGUGGUAUGUAUGGUAUGCCUCCUCUGGUGGACAGAUAUGGCUUGGGUUUGCCACCCAUGGGUCAUGGUACAAUGAAUUUUCAGGGACCAAGGCCUGGAACAUACCCUGAUGAGAGCUCUCAAAAGAAGGCUGCAGGCACAGGACGUGAUAGUGACUGGACGUGCCCUAACUGUGGCAACAAUAACUUCUCUUUCCGAACUGUCUGUAACAUGAGGAAGUGCAAUACUCCAAGGCCUGGGACCCAGGGUUCAAAGUCUGAGAAUUCCAAAGGCUCCAAAACAAAAAUGCCAGAGGGCAGCUGGAAGUGUGAAAAGUGUAAUAACAUAAACUACCCAUUCCGGACCAAGUGUAACAGACAGAAUUGUGGUGCAGAAAAACCGCCUCAGGCAAACACAACUCAUGGGCUGACAUCCGAUGAGGAUGAUCAGAUUGUGUACAAUCUGGGAUCACGGUGAGAAGGAACAAAAAGAUGAAUCAACAGAGUUCUGCAUGAUGAACUUUGUACUGUGCAUGUUGCCUAGACAGACAUUGGAGAGUAACGUAAGCAAGAGUGAGGAAAUAGAAUAAAUAUAAGGGAAAAGACGAAAUUCUGAAAUAAAAAGGUAUUGAAUUUUAUUUGUACUAUGUCUGAAAUGCAUCCUGUCUAUUUUUCUUAUAAUUUUACUAGAGCUUAUUUGCAUUCACUAACUGCGAUGAUAGUCACUUCAGCUAGCAGCCUUACCCUUGUAUCUAGACUCUAAACGCUGUAAAUAUAUUCAUAAUAAAUUUCAAUGUUAUGUAUGGCUGUUUACUUCACUGUUAACAUUGCGUUCUCCUAAGAUCUGCUUGUCUACAAAUUAUUUGUUGGAUAAUGAUGGCCAUGAAAUCCAGCUGAAAAUUCUUGUUCAUCUAUUUUACAUCUAUUAUAACCAUUAGCUGCUUAAAUAUGCUUGCUUGGACCUUCUCUUCUUCCCUUUUUUCAUUUCAUAUUCUUCAAGGUUCCUUCAGUUUUUAUUUAUAUAUUUUUAUUGUUUUCUGGUUGCUUGCCUCAUCAUUGGAUCACGGUCACUAGCUAAGAGUUGCUGACAGAACUUGAUGAUUUUGGUGCGACAGCAAGCUUUCUCAUUGCUUGAAAUAAUGGUUCUAGACCUCUGGUGCUUGAGAUAAAGUUAAAAAAAGUAUGCAUGCAUCAUUUAAAAUGGAUCGGUUAAGUACUGCUAUAAAUGGUGACAGAUAUAGGCGAGCUAGGCAAUGUUCCAGGUAGUCAUGCUUGGAAUUGGUCUAGCUGACCAUCAGCCACUGGUGGUAAGUAUGAUCCUGGAUGGACACUGAUUACAGGGUGCAUGCAUGCGGUGCAUGCCCUCCCGGUGUAUCAUGUGCUGUAAAUGAUGACAAUUAUAGGUGAGCUGGUCAAUGAUAUUGGUAGUUACACCUGGAACGGUUUACCUUGCCACCAGUGGCAAGUGCAACCUCAGGUGGAUACAGAUUGAAGAAAGUGAUGCAUGCUCUCCUUGUAUUGUGCGCAGGAGUGCAAUACAUGAGAGGCUUAUCAUGCAUGAGCGCCUUGCAUUCACUGUCCAUGCCAUGGUGGUGCUUACUAAUUGUGGCGAGUCAAACCGCUUCCUACAUCCUUGCUCUUCUUUGGGGAGGCUCUAAGUUCGGGUCUUGAGCAGUACUUCCCCAAGUACUUGGACCUGGAGGUGGCAUUAGGUGUUUAUGUUGUUAUUUAGAUUUUAAAAAAUUUAGAUGCCUUCUAAAUAUAGUAGAUAUAUGAGCAGACAAUUCAUCAAGAAGAAGGUUGAGAUCUUGUCGUGUAACAUGGGUGACCAUAACAAUGAUAUGGAUGGCCUUUGGGUGUCAUUUGAUUGGUUGCCCAAUGAUUCUGAAGGGGAAGGAGACUCCCCCCUCCCCUCUCUCACAGAAGUAGUAAAUGUCUCUUAACUGAAUUUGUGGUUAUAUGACUUGGCUUGAGAGUGAUGGGGCACCAUAAAUCUUGCAUUGAUCUUAAUGCGAGAGGUUCAUUACUUCCAUGGAGGGUCAAAUUCUGCGCAUGUGAGCAUCAUGGAACACAUGUAGGUGAAGUUUCAUGACUGCCAUCUAUAUAUGAUGCUAACCUCUAGCAAAGAAAGUUGAGUUAUCAGUGUAGGCAAAUUUGAGCUAGAGGGCCUAGCGUAGACAUGUUAGCUUUAUUCAGAAGCAUUUGAGGACAUGGAUGAUUAAUGCUCAAGGACAUACGAAAUCUUGAUUGUCAAGGAAACUAAUGGUUGGCUGUGGAGGCCAAAGUGGUGUUAAAAAUUUAAUUAUGUUUCUCAAAGAAAUUACAGAAAUCUUGUAACUAAAUGCAACUAUGAAAGCUAUUGUCUUAACUAGCUAAGAUGAAUGCUAUCUUCCUUGUUGACUAUAGUAUGGAACCAUGAAUGAAAGAGAGCAAAAGUUAUAGUAAUAUGAAUGCGAUGACAAGGGAAAAAGAAGUUUGUUUUGCUGCAUGGAGAACGGCAGAGAUUUCCUUUGGACAAGAAUACUAUGCAUGAUAUGGACCAUCCUUAACCAUAUGAAAAGACUGUAGUCCGGUUAUUCUCAUUUAACAAUACAAUUUAUGAUGCUUGUCCCCCCUCUCUAAAUUUGCAAAGUUGGCCGCUUUAUUGUUGCUGUGAAUUCAGGAUAGGAUACUGUUGAGGUAUGUCGCUUGAAACAUUGCUAUUAACUGUGCAAGGUUGCAUAUCUUAGUACAAUUUCUAGCAUGAGGUGAUUGACCUCAUCAAUUGUCCAGUCGAAGAUUUUUUUUCAUUCCUUUUUUUUUUGUAAACUUGCAUAUUCGGUUUUUUUAGUUGUAAACAUUAUCUAUGUUUUGCAAGGGCAGAGGUCCGAGAUUGUACCUUUCGAUUCAAACACUUUUAGGUGAUAUGAUGUCUACUUGGAAAAUGAUCAUUAAUGCGUAAUUUCGAAGCCGAUGGCUUUUAUUUUGUGAAA